ACCCCAUCGGGCCAUCUCCCUCCUCAUCCUUUAACCCUCCCCUCUCCUCCCCUCGACAGCCAACCAAUAUCCAAAACAAAAGUCCCCUUCGUCAAAAACCCACCACCAACCCCCCAUCCCCAAAUCCCUAACCCUAAUUCCUCUCUCCACUACCACGGAAAAAAAUAUAUAUAAAAAAAUCUCUCCUUUCUCCUCUCCAAUGGCGGCGACCUCAUCUCUCGACCUCAUCUCUCCUCCCCUCCUCCUCCCUCAAAUCCCUCAAACUCCGCCAUGCUCUCCCCAGCCUCCACCGCCCAAUUCACAGAGUCCGAUGCCAAUCGUCCCCAACUCCGACCGCUCUCACUCAGGACGAUCUCAAAAAGCUCGCCGCCGUCAAGGCCGUCGAGUAUGUGAAGAGCGAUAUGGUUCUUGGUCUUGGGACUGGCUCCACCGCUGCUUUCGUCGUUGCUGAGAUUGGGGCGUUGUUGUCGAGCGGAGCGCUGACGGGGAUUGUUGGGGUGCCGACGUCGACGAGGACUUUUGAGCAGGCGAAGUCGCUUGGGAUUCCGUUGUCGACGCUGGAUGAUCACCCGAAGAUUGAUCUUGCUAUUGAUGGGGCUGAUGAGGUUGAUCCAGACCUAAAUCUUGUAAAAGGACGUGGAGGUGCUCUUCUUCGUGAAAAAAUGGUUGAGGCUGCAUCAGAUAAGUUCGUCGUGGUUGCAGAUGAGACAAAGCUCGUAACUGGUUUAGGAGGAAGUGGGCUGGCAAUGCCCGUGGAAGUUGUCCAGUUCUGUUGGAAAUAUAAUCUUGUGAGGUUGCAAGAAUUAUUCAAAGACGAAGGUUGUGAAGCUAAGUUGAGGUUGGAUGGAGAUGGGAAGCCAUAUGUCACUGAUAACUCAAAUUAUAUUGUGGAUUUGUACUUCAAGACGCCGAUCAAGGAAGCAAACGCAGCAGGAGAAGAGAUCUCAGCAUUUGAAGGAGUUGUUGAGCAUGGGCUGUUUUUAGACAUGGCAACUGCUGUUAUAAUUGCUGGGAAAGAUGGAGUGAGCAUAAAAACAAAGUGAAGUUUGAAAUGAUGGGUAAGUAUCCCAUGUUUGAUAACCUUCCAUUUGUUCUGUUUUUGUUCGUAUUACUUCAAAUAUACUUGAAUAAGUUAAUUUUAAGGUGAGAUAUGUACUUCUCAAGUUGUCUUGCAUCGACUGUUUCCCUUCAAGUUGAGAACUAAAGUGGCAAAUGUUCUUUUUCUCAAGUCAUCUUGUGUCAUGAAGAAGUGCGUUGACUCAAAUAUUUCAGAUUCAAAAUCAAAAUUAGAACCUUUAUCCCA